AUGAUUCACUGUUACGCUGAUGAUUCACAAGUUUACAUCUCAUUUACUCCGAACGACAGAGCUGAACAACUUUCUGCGGUGAGGAAUAUGAAAGACUGCAUCAGAGGCAUUCGUUUUUGGAUGUUGAAUAAUGAUCUUAAAUUUAAUGACGACAGGACUGAAUUCCUCAUCAUUGGUUCAUCACACGUCACAAAAAUCUGUGCCUCUUCAUUUUACUAUAUUUAUAAUAUUUGUCGGAUCAGAAAGUAUCUUUCACUGCAGUCAACUGAGAUACUUGUCCAUGUAUUCAUAACAAGUCUCCUUGACUAUUGCAAUGAUCUUUUAUAUGGCCUACCAGACUGCUUGUUGAAUAAACUGCAACGAGUACAGAACGCUUGCGCAGGACUGAUUUUUAGAGAACAGAAAUUUUGUCAUGUAACGCCUCUUAUUUAUGAAUUACAUUGGUUAUCGAUUAAAUAUAGAAUCGAGUUUGAAAUACUUAAGAUUCUUAAUUUUUUAGCGCUUACUUAUUUAUCGUCUCUCAUUUCUCUUAGGCUCCCAUCGAAAUAUAAUCUAAAGAAUUCUACUGAUAACCUUUUACUUAGUUAUUCGCGUUUUAAAUCUAAAGCUACACUAGGUGAUCGUCCUUUUACCUGUGCUGCACCGAAACUGUGGAAUACAUUACCAUUUGACAUAAGAAGCGCCAGCACAGUUGGUAUUUUUAAAGCCAAGCUAAAAACUCACCUUUUCCGUCAUGCAUUGUUAUCAUAGUUGUUUUUAUUAUUGUGAGUUUACUUUUAAUUGUAAUUUUAGCUUCUUAAAUCAUUGUAAGUUUACUCUUAAUUGUAAUUUUAGCUUUUUAGCCUUUUUAUUUCGUUUUCAAUCUUGUCAUGCGCAUUUGAACAUUUUAUGGAAUUUGCGCAUUAUAAAUGUUUUAUUAUUAUUAUUAUUAUUAUUAUUAUUAUUAUUAUUAUUAUUGUUAUAAAUUAUCCCCGUUUAAAACUGAAAAAGACUUUAUGGGCCCGUGCUUUUUCUCUGCUGCCCCUAAUUUAUGGAACAAUCUGCCCCUUCACACCCGUCUUGAGGACAAUUUUGAACGUUUUAAAUCUUUACCUAAAACGCAUCUUUUUAGACUUGUAGCUUUUGAUAUGUAGUGUUUUUAUCCUACUAUGUAUUAAUAUAUUUAGUUUUUUUAUCUUUAUUUAAUUUUUAGCCCUGUUUAUUCUUAGCCUUAAUUAUUAUGCUCAUUUUAGAUUGUAUUUUCUUUUAACAUUUACGUGUUGUCGCGCGCUUUUGAUCAUAUUUGCAUGGAAAAGGCGCGUUAUAAAUUUUUAAUUAUUAUUUCACUUUCGUAUGCCAUAACAUUUCUAAUGCCAACGUCCAUAAGGCACCUUCAUAAGAAAAGUGCGUUUGGAAAUUUUUUCCUGUCUUUAAGAACAUGGCGAAGACAAAACGAUGACUUUAAUUUAUGAGCUUGAACUACGUCCUCAUUCAAUUCUGAAGAUUUCGACAACCGAACCUUAAACACAGUCGGAGUUAUCGGCAAAGAAAAUCCAAUAAAAAUUAGUCUAAAUGGGAAUUUCAGGUGAAGUUAACCGAGAUAGAGUUAUCUGACAAAAAAUGGAAUUGACAAAUGGGGGCCAAAGAAGAUAGGUAAUGCGAAGUUCAACGCAACAGCCGAUUCUACCCGGGUGGUUUAGCAGGCUGAAUAUCAAUCUUUAGUAGUGAACGUUAAUCGAACUUCAUAACACAAAACAACGAUUUCUGGAAACCUGCAAAAGGCGCAUCUUUUUACCAGGAUUAUCAUGUUUCAGUUAAUGUUCUAAAAAACAGUAACGACCGAAAAACAAACAAAAAACAAAAAAUACACUAUUCCUUUACAUGCUCCUUAAAUAACUGUAUUAAGGUCUAACAAACACAGACCAAUCAUCUUCCUUUUCGUUAUUCCCUGGGUUAUUAAAAAAACAAGUCUCAUAACACAACUCACCAAUACCUUGAAUCUGCGGUCCAGAGCAAUGAUAAAAGGCGUCGGCGGCGACGAGUUUUCACGGUGACUUAGUCAUGUCAUGAUUUAUGGACGACGUGAAAUUUCACCCUGCUUGAAUACCAACACCAUUUUGUUUGCAGGUAUAGGUCAAGAUGAAGUGGCUGGACACAAUUUAGGUCGAAUCUGAGGUGAAAGCUGGUGAUGCGAAACGGCAAGAGCCCGUAACAUGACGCCGAUAAGUGACGAACUGACUUACCUGUACAUUAUAACGUAAGAAGAAUGAGGAUACCUAUUUGCCAAGUUAGGAUUCGUGGUGGAUUUUUGAGUUAGGUUUUAGGUGAUUUUAUGUGACGGUGCUUCGUCCAAUUUUGUUUUCGACCUAGAGUAAAACCUUUAUAAAGUGGACCUGCAUUAAGCGGUCACACUCUAUUAAAUAUAUAUAAGGGGUCACGUUCUGAAGUCCCGAACAUAUUUUUCCUCAAGGGAAGACUCUGGCCAACUAGUCAAGCCAAAAUUUCAUUCAAUCAAAAAAGGUUCCAUUAGGUCGUGGUCAUUGGUUCAGGAAAUGUGUAAGACGGAAUGUUUGGUUAAUUCUUCGAAUCUUUUCAAUGAAGAAAAACUGAGGAGGGGGUUAAAAUUAUGAAAAAUUUAGUAGACUAACACUAGCUAGUCGAUAACGAAAACCAAGUGCCUCUGAGCUCAUUAGCGGACUAACUGGUUCAUAAGUAUAUCUUUUCUACCUUAAUUUAUUUCCCUCUCGAAUCAACAUCAUUUCUCGCAAAAAAAGAACAGAAACAACAACAAUCAGAAUGCCCCUUAAUUACUGUGGAACUGACCUGAAUUAAGCGGUCACGUAUAUUAAGCGGACGCGGGUAUUUUUUCCGUAGUCAAAGCGAGCGUUACUUGUUAUUAUCUUCACCUCUAUUAAACGGACACUAUGUACCAUACCAUACGAUUGGAAUCCAGAAUCCAAGUUCCAAUGACAAUGACUGGAAUUCUUGAACCUGGAAUCCAGAAUGCAAGGUAGUCUUGGAUUUCCUUAUUACAUGAGGUGAAUUCUCCAAUGGUGACCGCUUAAUGCAGGCUUGACUGUACCGCUUAAAACAAAUGAGUUACCAAACGUGGUCUUGCAUUAAAUGGAACAAAUUCUUGCCUAAGAAAAAGAAACGGGCCAGUCGGCAGUGCCACCUGAUUCUCAAACGGACAAUUUUUUUCAAUCCUUCUCAGCUUCGAGUUUUGUGUUCGCAUACUCAUUGUUAAUCUUUGUUCGACGUUGCAUUUCCACAUGAAAAAUAUGAUGUGACUAGUCUUUAAACAACCAAAACAUCGUCCUUUCUGUACGUCGGACAAUGUUCUUCCUUGUCUCAGGAUCAGUGACAACAGCACACCUGUUUGACGGAUGAGGGCCGUUGCAAAAGGCACACCACAUGUUUGUCAGUGGUCCUUCUUGGUUUGAAAACAACGUUGAUGAAGUGGGAGAUACCCUGAUUUGACCGUGUCGAAAUCCAAAUCCGAAGUCUCGUUUUUCCUUCACCCCCAACCUUGGCGUCUGUUCUGAAACAGGUCACAGCGUACACCUUUCCCGUAUUUGUAAUUAUUCCGGAAAGGAGUUCAUCACCGUGUCUAAGUCCUAUUCGUCAUACCACGACUUAAAAUAAGACGUAACUCUUGCGGUAUUUUGGCUAUUAUGACAGGUGUGAGAAAUGUUCCGUAUGUCUCGGAUGAUACACCGAUUCCUUGUAAACUUCGGAUGGCCGUUUCAGUUUUGUCCAAAAGUAGCCGUUGUUGUUUCAUAUCACCCGAAUUAUUCAUUUUUGGCAGCUGCACCAACAUUUCAAGGUGUUUUGAAAUAAUUACUUGUUUGCUUCCAAACCGCUUCAGGAGAAGAUCGGCCGCAUGGUUGUAAGCGACCGUCAUUUAUUAGAGGGGGUGGGCUGUUGCAAAUGGGGUGGGGGUCAUACCUUUUUGUGCACCUGAGAAUAGGGGGCUGCAUAAAAUUGUUCAACCAUUUCUGAGGGGCCAUGUAUUUUUGUGCAUUCCAAUUUCCGUUCCACAAAAAAGAAACAACACUGAAGGAAUCAACAACAGGUCAAAUAUUACUUAUCAUCAAAAUGAUGGCAUAACAAACGAACAUAACAUGGUGUAUAGCUGUCUUCUCACAUUGGAAAAAAAGUUCAUGUAUUACUCGUUAUUACUCAAUAUCACUGUCCUCUGAUUCAGUGUUUGAAGAGCUGAUAGAGGGCAAGUACUCUUUCAUCAGUGUACAACCUUGAUCACUUAUAAGCCCUCUUUCAAUCAUUUGCUUUAGCCAGUAAACUUGUGUCCCUAUUAAGGAUAUUAGAGCAGCCUGACAUUGACUUCCUUAACUAGAAUAUCACCAUCAGACAGUAGUUUGGAGAUUAAACCGAUAGUCUCUUCUUCUCGUCCAGCUUUUCUCCUCUAGCUGUGCCUUUCUCUUAUUUUCUUUUUUUGAACGCAUUUUUGAUUUAAACUUCAGAAUGUGUACACGAAAGAUAUCCUUACAUUUGUUCUCUGCAUCCUGUAGAUGUUGAAUGUUUUGGAUAAUUUUUUUCCUGAGCAUUAUCAGCACAGUGAUCCUUUCCUCGUCAAAAUCUUUUUGGCUCCCCUUCCCAUCUUCAAGUUUGUCAGACUUAGAAUAGAGGCUAUUCAGGUGAUCUUUGAUAUCUUGCUCUUCCUUCUCAACUUCCUCUUGUACUUUAACUAGCUUUUGUAUAUUUCCUCUUAUAAUCAAUUGGUCUGAUGGUAUGUGAACAUAUUACUCGUUAAAAAACUUUCCCGCAGCGCCAGGAUUUCUGUUGCUCAAUAUGGCGUCAACAGUUGCGGAAAUCUUUGAAACAUGUUGAUGGCUUUCAUGUUGGCGUCUUCCUUCGCAGUGAAAUAGCUUCACGAAUUCACAAGCAUCUUUGCACUUGCUAUAACAUGCCUUGUAGAAUUUGGGCAGCACUUCAUUCAUGAGCUUUGCUCUGUCUGUUUUUGGGUUUGGUAUCCAGCCAUAUUUAGUUUGCUCCCAAGGACGCGCGUUUUUAUUACUUGGCCUUUGAAAUUCAAUACCCCCAAAACUCUUUAUUUAAAUCACAUUCCUAUGCUUUUUCUGUUAAAUAUUCCUUUCUCUUUCUUAAAAGAACGUUUCACCUCAACCUUGGACAUACCUGAGAGGUAGAUAUUAAUGAAUGUAACUUGAACUUCAUGAUACCACGUAUGGCCACCACGUAUCCUUAUACCUUCAAAGUCACUUGCAGGUCACUUUCAUCAACCUCUUGAAGGCUGCAAAGGCCCUCUUGGCAAUGCUGUAAAUCGGCAAAUUCUAGAAUCCUUGCAACGAGUGUUCAUUAGCCUGUGUUUCAUCUGCCAUUUUGGAUUUACACAAGAAUCCCAGGAGUACAGGGAACAAAAGUUCCAGUCCUUCAGUGGUUCAAAGCAUGGAAUUAUAAAACAAGGCGGAUAUCGAGAUCAACGACAACAAGUCGGAGAAGGAUGA